GAGAGUUACUGGCAAAUCAGAAUUACAACUGAAGCAGAUUCAACUCAAAUCCACCACCAGUGAGCAGAUUCAAUUCAAAAGGGUACAACUCAAAUGUAUUAAACUCGUCUCCUUUGGGGUUCCAACGUAUCCAAAUAGCUCAGACUCGAUGCAGAAGCUACUAAGAAUGACUCUUUCUCAUUCCUCGCGUCUUCUUAUUCCCCAUAAUCAUCUCAAGAUUCCCCAAAACAGUUUUGUAUGCAAGGUGUUCGACGAAAUGCCUGCUUGUGCGGACCCAGUUGGUAUUGCAAGGAUUCCAUUGAUUCCAUUGGAGGGUCUUAAUAGAUGGGUGCAUUCGGCUCCGGAGAACAAAACUCCAGCACCGGUGGUUCAUUCCAGUGAACAUAAAGUCGAUAAUGGCGGUGGUAAUGGUAAUGCUAAAGUGAAGAGGAAAAAGCUCAAGGGGAAAAGAGCCGUGGUGAGGUGGCUCAAGUUUUUCAGGUACAAGAAGAAGAAAUACUUCCAGAGAAUGACCCAGGAAGAGAAGAUUCUGUUCAAAUUGAGAAAGGCUCAGAGGAAAGAGGAGAGGCUUUUGGCUGCUCUUAAGAAGAUCGAGCCUUCGGAGUCAGCAGAAACAGCGCAUGAUCCGGAGAUACUGACACCGGAGGAGCAUUUCUUCUUUUUGAAGAUGGGGCUCAAGUGCAAGAAUUAUGUGCCUGUCGGGAGGCGGGGGAUAUACCAGGGUGUGAUUCUGAACAUGCACUUGCAUUGGAAGAAACAUCAGACACUGCAGGUGAUAGUGAAGACGUUCUCACCGGAGGAGGUUAAGGGUAUUGCUUCGGAGCUGGCGAGGCUAACAGGAGGAAUUGUGCUCGGGAUUCAUGAGGAAUACACGAUUAUUAUGUAUAGAGGGAAGAACUAUUCUCAGCCGCCAACAGAGAUUAUGUCGCCUAGGAUCACUCUAUCGAGGAAAAAGGCUUUAGAUAAAUCAAAGUACAUGGAUGACCUUCGAGCAGUAAGGAACCACAUUCCAAAGCUUGAACAAGACCUUGAGUUGCUUAGAGCACAGGCUAAAAGAAAAGUUGAAUUUAGUUCUGAUGCUAUCGAAGAAACUCCAGAAGGCAUUCAGAGUGUACAGUCUGGGAGCUCUUCAAACGUCAAUCUAGAGCCUUCAGAUAAGCUCAGAGAAAUUUUGGAUAGAACAAAUGGGAUUCCUGAUGAUGACCUUGUAACAGAUGUAGAUAUGGCUUCCGAGUCUGAAGACUUAUCAGAUAUUUUUGAGACCGACUCUGACAAGGAGACUGAGAACAAAGUGAAACGAUAUCUGUAUUUGGAAGAAUUUGAGAAGUUCCCGGUUGAAAGUGAUGGAGAGCCUGAUGAUUUUGAGGAUCAUCUGCGUCAGAUAUCCAUGGACUCGAAGACAGCUAAAUCACUGAAUGAAGAUGCGGGCUUGCCAAACUUUGAUGAAGUUGAUAGGAUAUUUCUGCGUGCUGCUUCACUUUUAAAGAAAAAAAGAAGAUGAGACAUAAAUUGCUUAAGAUUGAUGCAAUUGUUAGAUU